AUGGAUCGUUGGCAAAAUAAAGUUGCUGUGGUUACGGGAGCCAGUUCGGGUAUUGGUGCUGCGAUUUGUAAAACCCUUGUUGAAAAUGGUAUGAUUGUAGUGGGACUGGCACGCCGUUUGGUGAAAAUCAAUACCAACGUAAAAAAUGCUUUACCCGUGGAUAAGCAACCAAAUUUCCAUGCUUUCAAAUGUGAUGUGAGCGAUGAGCAGAAUGUCAAAGAGACCUUUGCAUGGAUUGAAGAUAAAUUCGGUGGUGUCGAUGUCCUCAUCAAUAACGCCGGGGUAAUGAAAAAUAUACCUCUUUUGGCUAAACACAAUUCCGAUGACAUUAAGGCCACCCUCAAUACCAAUGUCUUGGGUGUUGUUUGGUGUACACGUGAAGCUUUUCGUUCGAUGCGUCAACGUAACGAUGGCAUGGGACAUGUUUUCAUCAUCAACAGUACGGCUGGUCAUAGCGUACCCACUUUUCCGGGUAUUAAUUUUAAUAUUUAUCCAUCGUCGAAACAUGCUGUCACGGCCAUGACUGAAGUGUUGCGUCAGGAGUUCCGAAAUGAAAAGACAAAAAUUAAAAUAACUAGCCUUAGUCCUGGUGGUGUUCAAACAGAAAUUUUAAAUGUGGGUGAAGUGCCACAAGGAAUUCCCAUUCUCCAACCUGCAGAUGUUGCCGAUGCAGUACUGUUUUGUUUGAAAACUCCUCCACAUGUCCAAAUUCAUGAAUUGACCAUUAAACCAGUUGGCGAAUUGAUGUGA